CUCUGACCAAAGUAUACAUAAUGACGAAACGACAAGCUCUCGAGCCGCUCGAAGACAUAGUAGACGCGCCGUCACCCGCUUCCAAACGCGCUCGGGUGGAGGAUGAUGACAUGCAGAGCCCUCCGCCCUCGAACGGCGCAACCAGCAACGGACAUCUGAUGUCACCGCGACAACAAGACCUCGAGAAAGUCGAUAUACUAGGCGCAGAUCGAGAAGAACACGAGGAGCUGGAGGAGGCUGGGGCAUUGGAUGAUUUGGACGAGGAUGAACCAGCUGUUGCUGCACCGCAGCGGCAGAAGGCGCCCGAGGCGGGAUACACAGAUUUGUACUUGGAUACAAUAGACCGGAAAGUCCUAGACUUCGACUUCGAGAAGCUCUGUUCAGUCACAUUAUCCAAUAUCAACGUGUAUGCAUGCCUUGUCUGCGGAAAAUACUUCCAGGGGAGGGGACCCAAAUCGCAAGCCUACUUUCAUGCUCUGGAAGAAGGUCAUCACGUUUAUGUGAACAUGGAGACGAAGAAGGUCUACGUUCUUCCGGAGGGCUACGAAGUCACGUCAAAAUCAUUGGAUGAUAUCAAAUUCGUGGUUGAUCCGCGACUGAGUAAAGAGGAGGUCGCGCGACUGGAUAAGGAACCGAAGGUAUCUUGGGACCUCUUGAAUAAGGAAUAUAUCCCUGGUUUUGUGGGAAUGAACAACAUCAAAGCGAAUGAUUACUUCAAUGUGAUUGUUCAAGCCCUUGCGCAUGUGGUUCCACUACGAAACUACUUUAUGUUGGAAGACCUGUCGAGCCGGCCGCAACUCGCCCAACGCUUUAGCACCCUCGUGCGCAAAAUUUGGAAUCCGCGGGCUUUCAAGAGUCAUGUGUCACCACACGAGCUUUUACAAGAUAUUGCCUUGCGGUCAUCGAAGCGAUUCACCCUUUCGAACCAAUCUGAUCCUGUGGAUUUCCUCUCCUGGUUCCUGAACAACCUCCACCUGGCAGUCGGAGGUUCAAAGACGAAGCCAAAUAGUAGUAUCGUACAGAAGGUCUUCCAGGGUACUCUCAAGAUUGAAUCACAGGAGAUCACAGCGCGCGCCGAUGCAGGAGAUCGAUUACGUUUUGAAGACGCCGCGGUGAAGACCGACAUUACCAAGUUCUUGGUCCUCACCCUGGACCUUCCGCCUGCACCUCUCUUCCAAGAUGCAUUGGAGAAGAACAUCAUCCCACAGGUUCCACUUACCACUAUAUUAAACAAGUACGACGGGCUGCGACCGCAAGAGAAGAUGAAGAACCGCGUGCGCUACCGCUUGCUCCACCCGCUACCCCCUAACCUCUUGUUCCAUAUCAAACGUUUCAGCAAGAACAAAUUUGUUUCGGAGCGGAACCCCACUAUUGUAACUUUCCCGGUUCGCUCUCUAGACAUGUCUCCUUACGUAGAGCCGAACCCGAAGCUGUACCCCCCGGGUGAACCCAUCUGGUAUGAUCUUGUCGCCAACGUCACGCACGAAGCCGUGAAGCGGAAGGACGAUAGUGUUGAGGGCGAGCAAGAAAGCAAGGUGUGGAGAGUCCAAUUGAGAGACAGGAGCCGAGAUGAUUGGUGGGGUGUACAAGAUCUUUUCGUCGAAAAGGAACGGGGAGAAACUCUGUUUACCAAAGAAAGCUACUUGCAGGUCUGGGAAAGGCGAAAGGGGUCAGCACCAAAUACCAGCGCCAACUCGAAGGGUAAAGCGAAGGCAUAGAGGCAUUUGACAGCAAAAGGCCAUUAUUGGGAGUUGUAGGAUUGGACAAACGUCCAUGGCGAAUGCCAUCGCCAUAGCUUGAAUUUGAGAGGCGGCGUGACGGCGCUUAUUAUCAUGGUGUGUAAUAUAUGGGUGUUUAUUUGGAAACCAACGGAGGUAUAUGGUGCAACGGAGUUCCAAAAGGGUGAAAUCAUAAUUCAUCCCUUCCAAAAGGCGCAUUCUUCUUUUGCAAGACUUUCUUGCCUAGAGUAAAGGUGCUUCCCAAAUAUAUCCUAAACAGAAGUUUUUGACAAAAAGAACCUUCGACAUAGCUUUGAUGUGCACCGUGUAGUGACUACAUAGUAACAAGAAAUUUA